UGCAUUCUUCGCAAGUCUCUUAAGAUGGCGUACUGUCACUGUGUCAAAUGCAUGUUAUGAUUAAUCCAAUGUAUUAAAAAAAUAGGUGUAGUUUGAUAGGUUUCAGUUAAAGCAAAGAUAGACGUAGAGAAAACGGUGUAGAAAAGCGUUUUAAGUCCAUUGAAAGUUGGAAGAAUUUUGUUAUGGAAACCGAGAGGCGAUCAGAUUUAUACGAAGAAUGGAAACGACGGGCCUUUCUGGGCCCUCUUCCUCAGGGAUUUCUUAGAUUAGAAGAGCGCAAUGCUCAACAACAACAAGAAGCAGCGGAUCAACAAGCUGCUCUUGCGCUUCAUCAGUUGCAAAUGCAAAAUAUGCCAGCCAUGCAUGAACCGCAUGUUGGUAGACUUAGUAUAACAAUUGUUCAGGCUAAACUAGUGAAAAACUAUGGAAUGACAAGAAUGGAUCCUUAUGUGAGAUUAAGAGUUGGUCAUGCAGUUUAUGAAACGCAUACAUGCUCGAAUGGAGCAAAAAAUCCUCAUUGGAACAAAGUUAUUCAAUGCUAUUUGCCACCAGGAGUUACACAAAUAUAUAUAGAAAUCUAUGAUGAAUGCUCUUUUGUAAUGGAUGAAUUAAUUGCAUGGGGUCACAUAGAUAUUCCACCCCAAGUUUUGCAAAAAGGAGAAAUACACGAAGAUUGGUAUAUGCUUAGUGGAAAACAAGGAGACAAUCAAGAAGGAAUGAUAAAUCUAGUUUUCAGUUAUACGACGAAAUGCCAUCCAUAUAUGAGUGCUGCACCUCCAAUUAUGAUGGUUCCCUCCUCAACAAUGUUUGGUAUGACACAGUAUGCGCCGGUAAACGUUUACACUGCACCACCUACUGCUGCUGCAGCCACACCUGUUGUACCCAGUUCUAUGCCAAAUGCUGAAGUUGAAUUAAAACAGAUUUCGGAGAUGUUCCCAAACGUGGACAAGGAAGUGAUUAAGUCAGUUUAUGAUGCGAAUCACGGGAAAAAGGAUGUAACUAUAAAUUCAUUACUCCAAAUGUGUGAAUAAGUAAUUUUUUAUGCAAAUUUUGCUGUUACUGAAUUCCAAAGGCCAUAUUUAUAGUUUCUGCUAUGCUAUGUUUCUUUUUAAAUGUAAUAUAUUUGCAAACUAUUGCUACGCAUUUUACCGUAAUUUAACACUUAGAAACUUUAAUGUAAAAGAAUUCAUAAAAUAUAUUGGACAGGGAAAUAUAUUUUAUAAGAAAGUAUCGUU